AUGUCCAACAUCAACAGCUUUGGACAAAGCUCGGAUCUUCCCAUCGACCAACACAUCUCGGAUAUCGUAGAGCGUGUACGCAACAAUCAAGUGACUAUCCUCGUUGGAGAAACUGGAUCUGGGAAAUCUACUGUGGUUCCUCGAGCCCUUGCUGAAGAUGCUAGGCGUCGUGGACAGGAGCCACGUGUGUUGGUAUCUCAACCGCGUCGUGUUGCUGCAAUCCGCUUAGCGCAACGAGUCAACGAAGAUUGGGGCUCUAAACAUGGCCAGCCAAACUUUGCUGGGUAUAGAGUUAUGAAUGAUAAGAAGGAUGAUGGCUGCGCUGUCGUUUACGCGACGACCGGGUAUCUGGUUGAAUGGUUAUCUCGCAACGAGAAUGCCAUGGACUCUAUCUCUCAUUUGAUACUCGACGAAUCACACGAACGUACAAUCGACAUGGACUUGCUUUCCCUCAUAAUCAAGCGACACAUUCUAGCCAAAGGCUCAAAUCAUCACAUACGACUGGUAGUCAUGAGCGCUACGCUUGACGUGGAGUUAUACAACAACUUUUUCACGUUACGCAACGUACCCCUCUUGCCACAUAUACACGUCGGCGGGAAUCGAUUUGAAGUCGAAGAUUACUAUCUCGACGACAUGGUAGAUGUCCCUAAACGCCCGAAUCUGUUCGGAUAUGAACCCAAAGAAUCAACAGAAGAUGCUGCGCCAAAGAGGUUUGGAGACUUCUGGAAUAGCAUGAAUGGCUUGGAGGACCUGGAACGUACAAUGAGCUCGUGGAUAACCACAUACAACAAAGGUUGGCGUGACCCAAAAACACGCAAGAUUAGGGAUGUUUCGCCAAGUAUUGAUGACUCGUUUUAUGAAUUCGGUAUAUAUUUGGCACUGUAUUAUUGUAAGCUGGAAGGGACUCGUGCCUGGAAGGCCAAUCCUGAAGAACUAGAAGUCUUGAAUAAUGAUGAUAAUGUGACAGGUACCUCAAAUAGUCUUCAUAAUGGUAGUAAAGGUGGCCAAAACUCCUCUCAGUCAUCAGAAUCUGGAGAUGAACAAGUCGAUAUCGACAAUAUGCCAGAUGCAUCAGCCUUCAAUCUUGGUGUUAUGAGCGAUAACCUCCCAGAAUUCAUUCCAAGCACCAGACAGUUCCGCGACCCUGCUGAUUCAACAUGUAUACUUGUCUUCUUACCUGGUGAACACGAACAACUCACGUGGUGGGAAUUUUAUCGUGAUAUAAUUGGUGUACAAACUCCUGCUUGCCAAGCUAGCGCUGCUGAACGUAUCAGCGUCCAUAUAUUGCACUCAACAACGCCCAAGGAAGAAGUCGACAAAGCAUUCCUUGUAGGCCCGCCAGGUACUUGUAGGAUUAUAUUAGCCACCGAUAUUGCUGAAUCGUCAGUGACUAUUCCUGAUGUCAAGAUUGUCCUUGAUUAUGGAUUACGGAGGGAAAUGGAGUUCAACACUACUCGAGGGUCUCAACAGUUGACACUGAAUUUCAUAUCAAAAGCUUCUCGAAUCCAGAGGCGAGGACGAGCUGGUCGCUGCUCUGAAGGCAAAAUCAUGGCCUUUUAUACCAGGCAGUUCCAUGAUAAAAUCAUGCUGAAGCACGAUCUCCCCGAAAUCUCUCAAUGCUCGCUCGAAACUACAAUCCUUCGAGUCCGAGAGCUCUUUGCAAGAAGCUCGGCUCGCGACGUCUUGAAUACGAUGAUUGAACCACCAGAUAUCGCUGCCGUUGAUGGUGCUCUUAUACGACUACGUGAAGUUGGAGCAAUGUUGCCACCACCCACUAUUAUCACCGCAGAUCUUACCGACGCUCAAAAAGAGGGGCUGGUAACGUUCCUUGGUCGAAUGGCUUCUCGACUACCAAUAACUAUAAUCGAAUCUCGUGUCCUUUUACUUGCAGCUGCCAUGGGUGCUCAUUUUGAAGGUGUAAUUCUCGCUGCUGCAUUGAAUUCCCCCGAUAUAUUCUCCAUGCCGAGUAGUCUCGUAGAGCAUGAUCAAGCCAAGUUCGCGUCCCAACUUGCUUCCACUUUUGGUGCACGAAUGUACACAGAUGCUGGAUCGAUGAGUGAGCCGAUAGGUGUAUUAAAUGCCUUGAAACUAUGGGCUGGUGAAGCUGAUCACGAAGCUCGACAAGCCUUGAUGCAUUCACUAUGCGUCAAUGCAAAGAGGUUUCGUGUGUUUAGGCUCUGUGUCCAAAGGCUAGCUGAGAGUAUGAUAUCGAUUAUUGAUGGUCAAAUCAAGAGUAAAGCCAACAACGUGUUCUUGGUCCAAUCUGGUCGUGGAAUUAUAAACGGACUCCGUGAGCUCAGCAGUAUAGUUGUACCUGAGCAAAAGAAAGUUUUCUUGCUGCCGAAAAACUUCACUGCCACGAGUCCUUAUAAAUUCUUUGCCACUCCAGUAGAAUGCUUGCGUGUCAUUCUUGUGACUGCAUGCAGUCCACAAAUAUGUAUGGGAUUUAGUGGCAACUACUCUACUGCUGUGGACGACGCUAAUAGGAUUAUCGAAAGGAAGGCACUUGAAGCAGCAACUCUAGAAGCUGAAGCUGCUGCUGCCUACAUGGCUGAAAGUGCUACUGAAACUGCUGAUACUCAACAGCCUGAACAUGCUGCUGUAGCAAGCAGCUCUACCGAUAAACGUCAAGACCGAGCCGCCAAUCGUCGUAAAAAGAAAAUUGAAGACCGUCUAGAAGCAUCUCGUCUGGCCAGAGAAUUGAUUGAACCAGCUCCUGUUGGUCUUGGCCACGAUCCUCGUCUUAUUUACUUCCGUCAAUAUGUAGAAGAUCCUAAAGCAGCAAGAGCAAAACUGCCACCAACCGUAUACCCAGACCUCGUCGAUGGAUUAAUGGGACGUUAUGAACGUUUUGAACCACUAAAGUGCUGUGUUUUGGAACUCAAAAAUGCAUCUGAUCCUGCACUUAGAUUGUUGGGUCAGAGACUCAGACAGAAUAGUAAAUAUCAAGAGGCAGAACAGAUACGUGCAUCUUUGGAAUGGUUGGGGGUGUCUAGAGCUGCAUACGUACCAGGCAAGCCUGGAGGGUUUCGACAGGGUGGUAAACCGGCUCUAGUCAUUUUGGAAUUUUUUGACUCACCACGAGACCCCAACGACAAUAUGUCUCUCAUCACUAAUAUAAACGCUACUGAUACAUCUACCAUAAAGGACCCAUUCCAUAAUAGAACCAAUCGUCAGCCCAUCAGUACCGUCGAUUUGAAAUACUCGUCGCCUAUUGGCCUUCGAUUUGCUUCGUACAUGUGUACAGGAUACCCAGCCAGCUUCAAGAUCGCAAUAGUAGAAGAUAGUGCACCCAUCAAGUAUGAUUACGAUGCACAAGGAAACUGGGUACAAGGACGAGUCUCCACUGGAUUGGAUAUCGCUGCUAUUCGAGUGCCAAAUAUGAUUCGAUGGCAGGCAAAGAGAUUUUUGGGCCCACCACAAGAACAAAUAAGGGGGCAGCCUCCUCUUACUAUAUACCCGUAUUCGUAUUCUGUUGUGAACUCGAUUACUACUCCGUAUCUGACUCAAGGCAAGCAACCAGUUAGUGUAUACUGUGCUGCUCGAUCUACUAUGGGUGUUGGGAAAACAGGAAAUAUUAUCGCUCUGACUGGCUCUACAGUCUUUGUAUCUGACCUGCCAUGGCAUCUCCGUCUGGUUGCUUUGUCAUCCCAACCAGAAUAUAUUGCAUUCCAAACAACCGACGACGGCGAGAAGAUCGUUGGCAUAUCACAUGAAUUUGGAAUGGAUCUCAAUGAAACAACUAGAGCCACACUGCCCGAAGCACAUUUACAUGGUCACUAUAUGAUUAAGGAUGACUUUACGACUAUAAAUUCAGCACGUCAAGGUUUAGCAAACACCUUCUUGAAUGGCGAUGCGCUCGUGACCGGAAGUCUCAGACCAUUGUUAUUGGAUAACUUUGAACGGCUGGCCGCUACCAUCAAGGCACGAGAUCCGAAAGAUAUAGCUAGAAAGUAUGUGAAUUAUGGGAACUUGAAGACGGGAUUGGGUGUCACAAAUAGUAGUACUAGUAGUAAUAGUAGUAGUGUAGAUGUCUCUCAGUUUGGAUUUGGUGCCUUCCCUUCAUCGUUUGCAUUCGGUGUCAACAAUCCAUCGGGAAUCAAUGCAAACGCUCAACCAUUCCAAUUCGGUGUCAAUGCUGCAGGAUCAUCUGGUAUGAUGCUUGCUAGUAGUAGUAGCAAUAGUCAAGUCCCAGCCACAGCUACACCACUAUCUGACGCUGAAAUUCUCUUCCCAUCCCUCGUAUGGCCCACGUGGAUUCCACCGCCUUCGAGCCCUCCAUCGUCAUCAUCAUCAUCAUUCACUGAUGAUGGAGAGGACUACGAUGGCGAGCAUGCACGCUACUUCCAGGCGCCGGUGUUUGAUGAUUAUGAUGAUUACUACUGA